AUCAGAGAGUGGAAGGUUUGCUGCUCAGCUGCAAUUCAGUUAAUAAGGAGGCAGAAACUUCAUCAUGAACGCAUCAAAUGUCACUACAGAGGACAGGGUUUACGCUGGGGUCUUUGGCUGCAUUAUGGUGAUAGGUCUGCCUCUCAACGCAGUCGCACUGUGGAUUCUUCUUCGUCGUCACAGCCUCCAAUCGCCCAACGCUGUCUUCAUGGUCAACCUGGCAGUAUCAGACCUGCUGGUCAUCAUCUCUUUGCCCAUGAGGAUCUACUUUCAUGCCACCCGCAGAUGGCCUCUGAGCAAUAAGGCGUGCCAAUUCAUCACAAUGCUUUUUCGCAACAACCUAUGCUCCAGCGCCUUCUUCAUUACUUUCAUCAGCGUGGACAGACUUCUGGCUGUGGUUUAUCCUCUGAGGUCACGCCAUCUUCGAACUUCAUCCAAUGCCUGGAAAGGAGCAGCAGUGGUCUGGCUAUUUGUGCUGGUAUUGAAUGUUCCAGAGACUUUGGACUUUCCAAAAAGUGCCAACGACAGUUGGUGUUUUGAUUUCAGUCCUGAAAGGAAACCAGGUUUAACUAAAGGUAUAGCAAAUGUAUAUCUUGUGUUAAUAGUCGCAAUGCUAGCAGUCAACAUUGUGUGCACCGUUAUGGUGUCUUGGGUACUGCACAGACAUCUCAGUGACUCUGCAAAGGUCAGCAACAAGAUGAACGUAAUGCUGAUAUUUGUCAUGAACUUGGUUUUGUUUACUAUCUGUUUCCUACCUUUGUCAGUAGGUGUAGUUACAGUUAAACCUACUGAAUUAAAGCCAUUGAUAUGUCUUAGUGCUGUGAACUGUUGUCUAGAUCCAUUCUUAUAUUACUUUUCCUUUGAUGGCUUCUGGAAGAAAAAAGAAGAUGCGGAUCCGACAAGAGAGCAGUGACCUUAGGACAUGUUAUUU